CACAAAUACAAUACCCUACAUUCUGACAUGUGUGUUCCCACUGGAGACGAUGGCUUUAGCCAAACCGGCGUAUUGCCUGACGAAAAAAGACUUUACUUUUACAGAAAGUGGCCGUUGGUCGAUGUAAUAAGAAUGUUAACCGUUUUGAUUGUGCACUUUUUGUGUCUCUUGGCCCCGUUCAACUACAAUUGGGAAGCCUUACAGUUUGGUUCGGUUGUCUUCUUGGUUACUGGACUCAGCAUCACAUUCUCAUACCAUAGGAACUUGUCUCACCGGAGUUUCAAACUCCCAAAAUGGCUCGAAUAUCCUUGUGCUUAUUCUGCUCUUUUUGCUCUUCAGGGUGAUCCAAUGGACUGGGUGAGCAUACAUAGGUUCCAUCACCAGUUCACAGAUUCGAAACGAGACCCACAUAGCCCUAAAGAAGGAUUAUGGUUCAGCCAUAUCUUGUGGAUAUUUGACACCCUUUAUAUCAAAUAUAAGUGUGGAGGACGUGACAACGUGAAGGACUUGAAGGAACAAUGGUUCUAUAGGUUUCUACGAAGGACGAUUGCUGUCCACAUUGUAAUGUAUUGGACCUUCCUCUAUCUCUAUGGUGGUUUACCUUACCUUACGUGCGGCGGGGGCGUUCCAAACAUGAUCGGAUACCACGGGACAUGGCUCAUAAACUCAGCAUGCCAUAUUUGGGGUUCGAGAUCGUGGAAUACUAAAGACACAUCACGUAACAUUUGGUGGCUAAGCAUAUUUACGAUGGGAGAGAGUUGGCACAACAAUCAUCAUGCCUUUGAGUCAUCGGCGAGGCAAGGAUUGGAGUGGUGGCAAAUAGACAUCACUUGGUACCUCAUUCGACUACUUGAAGUUGUUGGAUUAGCCACCGAUGUGAAACUGCCCUCAGAAUUCCAAAAACGGAAGAUGGCUCUUGCUCGUUGAUGUUUGUCUUGAGGAUCUGAAAUAUGUUUGGAUGAGAAGUUAAUCAUAUACGUAUAUACAUAUAUUU